GAAGGCUAAGCUGUUGAAGGCUUAAUGCCGAAGGUGCCGGCGGCUCCGAUUCAUAUAUCACGUGAUUGUGACAAGCGCGCUGCUGUCACCGUCACACCCUCGGUUGGCCUCUACCAUCACCAGACGCGUCGUUAUUGACGGAUUUCUCCGCCAUGGAUCUUCGCCGCCGGUCUGUUAUGCAGUCUCUUGAACCCAAUGCUGGACGGUCUGGAAUACCUCUUCCAUCGACAGCUAAGAAGCCUACCCCCAACUUACGUGCAUCUCUCGCUGGGGGGCCAGCCCAUCGAACUCCAUUCACUUCUCAUUACGGUUCGCGAUCGAAUAAUAGGCAGUCCACAUAUCAGUCGCAGAUUAUGAACCCUCUUCUUCAAAGUGCAUCCAAGCCGUUACCGAACCUGGGUCGGACACCUUUGAACAACAGUGCUCGUCGUACGUCUGUAUGGCCUGUCGGAGCUCUUGGUGGAGCUCCAUCGAACAAUCAAACAGCGAAAGACACUCGUCCCCUUCGCGACAAGGCCUACCAAGCUAAGAUGCGUCAUGAUAUACUAGAUUUCUUCCAGAACGCGGGUCACGAGACAAUCACCAUGAACACUCUGAUUAAUAUUCAAGGGAAGGACUUCCGUGCGAUCUUUGACUACCUAGUUCUUUCCUUAGACGCGUCGUAUCCCUUGAACCCAAAGGCUUCAAUACAAGAGCAAUUUAUACCGGCUCUCAAGUAUCUGCAAUACCCUUAUGUAUCCCAAAUCGAUAACAAAUGGCUGGCCGCGCCCGCUAGUAUGCACUCGUGGCCAUCUCUUCUCGGCAUUCUUCAUUGGUUGGUGCAGCUAUGUCAAAUGCGCAACCAUUAUCUAGCGAGUGGACAUCCCACCCUUCAAAUAAGCUCAGAUAUACCGGAUGAAUUCGACGACCCGAUGGAUCAUACUGCGCUUGCGUUCGAAUUUGCUGAGCAAGCCUAUUCCCUUUGGCUAGACAGCAAUGAUGAAGACAGUAGAGACAUGCUGGUCUUUCCCAAGCAGGCUUUGGAGGAGCGUUAUGCGAAAAAGAAUGAGCGGGUACAACUUGAUCUGGAGCAGCUGAGGAAGCAGUUGGAUGAUGCGACGAUCGAAUACGAUAAACUGAAAAGUUCUGCCGCUCCGAUCGCGAAAGCCCAGGACGAGAACGGCCUGCUGAAGGGUGACAAUGAGAAAUUUCAGAAGAUCCUUCAGCUUUAUGAGGUCAAGAAGAAGAAAUUAAUUGACUUCAUCGCUCAAGAGAAGGCGGAACUUGCACGAAAAGAUGACAGCCUGAUCCAAAUGAAAAUGGAACAAGACAGGCUGUCGGAUAUUGUCAAGACGCAAAACCUGUCUCCCGAGGAGGUCAGUCGCAUGACAACGGAACACGAAACGCUUUCAAGGAACUUAGAGGACCUCAGACAAAAGAUUGCUGAGACCCAUCGGACUGUUUUGAAUCUGGAAGUCAAUGUCACGAAUCGGGCCGCUGCUACAGAGGAGGCGCUAGAUUCAUACGUUAAUCUACUUUCCUCUUUGGAGCUUCUCCCGCCUCUACCGCCGCCUUUUGAAGGCGUCGAUCUCAUGCUGGAGCUGAACACCGCUGCCUCUAAUCCUCACCAACUUCUAAAAGGCGCCGAGAUUAGGAAGGUCAUCAGGCCUACCCUCAACAGUGUUGCGGAAUCGAAACGGUCCGAGCGCGCGUCUAUUGAGAGCGAUCGGAUCAAGGUUGAUAAUGAGUUGGAUCAACUUAUGGCGGAAUGCGAGAAUCUUGACCUCGAGACGGCAGAAGUGGAGAAGAAGGUCAUUAGCCUUCAUGAACAAGCAGAGGAUUUAAGAGAUGCAGCACAACAAGAAGCACUGGUUGCUAGCAAUGAAGCAACGCGAGUAGAACGAGAACUCGCCCACGCUAGAACGGCUGCACUGGCUAACGGCAUGGGUGUCAACACACGACUGACCGGCUUACAAUUCAAAUACCAAGAGCGGGUGGAGAGGGUCUCUCGACUGAAAGAGGAAACCGUUCGUGCUAUCAUCAAAAAUAGCAACGAUAUUGCCCUGUUCAAGAGCGAGGUCUCUCGGCAUUUAGCUGAUCUGCGGGAGUUCGUAGACAUAUCACAGAGCUGAUGCAGACAUUAUGGUUGUGGCUUAUUGGCCUUCUGUAUUCCUGUAUUUCCGUGGACGUCAAAAGCGGAGUUAACUGCUAACCGGUGUCAGAGGGAUAUCCUGAGCAUCGGUGUGGGUCAAACUUCCCCAACACGUUCGUCGUGUGUACUGUAGUGAAGCUGGACGCUUCAUAUCGACAUUUGUGGCGCCGGGGGACAAGCCUUAGAACGAGACAACGGGUCCGGCACACUGUCAUGUAGGUGAUGGGACCCUUCGUCAAACCGAUUUCAUUAAUGCCAAAUACUUCUUGGUCCUUAUGACUUUCUAUGCUGCCUACUGUAAUAUCGUGAAUACAAGUGAGCUUAUCUUUG